CGACGCGGUCGCGUAAUCACACGGAUUUGUAGAGCCCGCCUCUUUUUUCACAUAAUUAUUUCUUUCGCGAAAGUGAUAUAAAGUAGGGCAUAGUCUUUGUUUAGUGUCAACAUCAUAAAAAGAUUCGAGCGAAAUGACAAUUACACUUCAAACGAUUAAGUCUUCGAACGUUGACUUAAUAGAAGAGUACCUUGAUGGCUCAACAUGGAAAAGUGCAGAAAACUCCAAUUCCACAUAUUCGCAUCAAGGCUUGAUGCAAUAUCUUUCGGGACACAUUAUCUCUGAAUACUGGUUGAAUCGGGUCUACACCGAAGAAAUUCGCCGGUUUAGUCAAGAAAACAGAAUUCACAUUCACGACCUUGGAUUUCUCAGUGCUUAUUGCGCUGGUUGGAGCAUUGAGGACUUGCUGGUUCAAGGAUUCGGUGGAGUAGAGAAUAAGAUCCAAUGCAGACCUCCAAAACAUCUUAAUACUGCUUUAAAUCAAGCGGUCAACUUCCUCUUCACACUUCAAGGUGAGCUUGCUGGAGCUCAAGCUCUUUCGAAUUUCGAUACCUAUUUGGCACCUUUCAUUCGUCAUGACAAAUUAUCAUAUAUUGACGUUUUUAAAUAUAUCCAAAGCUUUGUUUAUUCUAUGAACGUACCGACACGGAGUGGAUUUCAAGCACCAUUCACAAAUGUUUCAAUGGACCUUAUAUGCCCUAAAAGCCUUGAAGGUGUGCCUGUAAUUAUCGGAGGAGAAAGGCAUCCCGAAUGGACUUACAGCGAUUUCCAAGAAGAAAUGGAUAUAUUCAAUCGUGCAUUCACAGAAGUUAUGGUCCAAGGAGAUGGAAACGGCAACAUUUUCACAUUUCCGAUCCCGACAUAUAAUCUAAAUCAAGAUUUCGAUUUUAAUGCUCCAAGACACGAAUGCAUUUGGAAAAUGACUGCGAAGUAUGGCGUUCCCUACUUUGCCAACUUUAUCAACAGUAAUUUGAACCCUGAGGACUUCCGGUCAAUGUGUUGCAGAUUACGUCUCGAUCUUAGCAAGCUUCACAGUCGUGAAGGCGGUUUAUUCGGUAGCGUUCCCUUAACGGGUUCUAUCGGUGUUGUUACAAUCAACUUGCCCAAUCUCGCAAUGCGUUCGAAUGAGUCCGUGAAGAAGUUUUACAAGUUGCUAUCAGACGCUUUGAGGGUAGCUAAGGACUCUCUUGAAAUCAAAAGACGAGUUGUAGAAAGUCAUUCCGCGUUGUACCCUUAUGCCGCGCACUAUUUGUCUGUUAUUAAGAAACGCACCGGAUCUUACUGGGCAAAUCACUUCAGUACGAUUGGAGUGAACGGGAUGAACGAGGCCUUGGUUGCACUGAUUGGCAAAGGUAUCUCUGAAAAUAAGGACUUUGCCCUUGAGGUGCUUGAAUUCAUUAAGGAGAAACUUCAAGAUUUUCAAAAGGAAACAGGUAACAUCUAUAAUCUUGAAGCUACACCCGCCGAAAGUACAUGCUACAAGCUGGCCAAAGGAGAUAGAGAAAUAUUUCCUGACCGCAAAAUUCCGAACUAUUACACCAAUUCUACUGCUCUCCCUGUCGAUGCUACAGAGGAUGUGUUUGAAGCCUUGAGCCACCAGGAACAGCUUCAGUGUGCUUAUACUGGCGGCACUGUAUUUCAUGCAUUUUUAGGAGAAAAACUGCCUAGCUGGGAACUUGCAAGAGAUCUCGUACGGUCGAUUGCUACAAAUUACCGUGUACCAUACAUCACGCUGACACCAACAUUCAGUAUAUGUAAAGCACAUGGAUAUAUUACAGGCGAGAAGUUUUAUUGUCCAAAAUGUGGUGAGGAAUGCCUCGUUUAUUCUCGGAUUGUCGGUUAUUAUAGACCUGUUAAAGACUGGAAUAAGGGCAAGAAGUCAGAGUUUGUGCAACGAAAAACUUAUAAAGGGAAGUAAUUAUACAUUUGCCCUAACAACGAAAAGUUUCUAUUUACAUUGUUGAUGAAUGAAUGAAUGAAGGUAUACUUAUUUGUAUAUUUUAGCUUAACGGUAUUUUUAAUCAAUUGAAGUUUUAUUAAAGAUAUAUCGUAACUUGCCAAAUUGG